AAUUGUUACUUUUAACUUUUCCCCACAUAUAUUUUUCCACAAGCCCCAUGUUUAUCUGUCGGAUUUUUUAUGCUUUAAUCACAUUAUAAAUGGACCAUCUUAAACACUCAAUUCAUUAACACAAAAAAAGUAUUCAUUUCUUAUCAAACUCACAAUCAAUAGCUUCAGUUUCUUCAACUUGAUCUUAAUUUUAUCUCUAUUUCUUCUGUCACUGUUUCUCUUUCUCCAGCUUCCUUCUAAUCUUUUUUUUCAGCAGAGCAUACCAAAUAUCAAGACUCUUGAAAAUGGUUGAUGCCUUUGUGUCAUAUGCAGUUCAAAAACUGGGGGAUUUCCUCAUACAGGAAGUUUCCCUGCGCAGAAGUCUGAGACAGGAUGUGACGUGGCUGAGAAAGGAGCUGCUCUUCAUGCAGUCUUUCCUCAAAGAUGCAGAGCAAAAGCAAGUUGAAGAUCAUACAGUUCGACAAUGGGUGUUUGAAAUUAACGAGAUUGCUGAUGACUCUGUCGCUAUACUGGAGACUUACAGCUUAGAGGCAGGUGAAGGUGAUGGCGAUGGACUUACUAAUCGUCUGAAGGCUACUGAAGGUGAUGGCGAUGGACUUGCUAGUCGUCUGAAGGCUUGUGCUUGCAUCUGCAGGAAGGAGACCAAAUUCUACAACGUUAGCAAGGAGAUCCAAUCCCUCAAGCAGCGAAUCAAGGAUAUCUCUUGCAAACGAGAGACUUAUGGUAUUAGAGAUAUCAAUAAUGUAGGAGAAGGACCAAAUAAUUAUAGGCCAAACAGUCAGAGAUCUGGCUUGAGGAGAACUACCUCCUAUAUGGAUAAGCAGGAUCAGAUUUUUGUUGGCUUUGAGGAUGUCAUAGACAGAUUGCUUGCUGAACUUGUCAAAGAAGAGCCACGCCGAACUGUCAUCUCCAUUUAUGGCAUGGGCGGGUUAGGCAAGACUACUCUUGCAAAACAUCUCUACCACUCCCCUAGCCUAACCGGUAUCUUCGAUGCACGUGCUUGGGUUUGUGUUUCUCAACAGUAUAACACCAUGGAUCUCCUCAAGGAUAUCAUCAAAUCCAUCCAAGAAUGUAACAGGGAAACUCUAGAUUUGCUCGAAAGGAUGACGAUCAGAGAUCUAGAAAAGCACCUUCGGAAUCUACUGAAAGAGAAAAAAUACCUUGUGGUGGUCGAUGAUGUAUGGCAGAGAGAAGCAUGGCAAAGUCUGGAAAGAGCACUUCCAAAUAGCAAUAAUAGAAGCAGAGUUAUUAUUACCACCCGCAAUGAGGAUGUGGCCAAAAGAGCAGAUGACAACGGUCUUCCCCAUAACCUUCGUUUCCUAACAAAAGAAGAAAGUUGGGACCUCUUUUGCAGGAAAUUACUCAGCGCUGAGGCAAUGAUCCCAACAAUGGAAACGCUAGCUUGGGAAAUGGUGCUCAAGUGUAGAGGCUUACCUCUUGCAAUUGCUACACUAAGCGGGCUUCUUUCACAUAAAAGGAGGCUAGAAGAAUGGGAAAGGGUGAAGGAACACCUUUGGAGACGUGUGAAAGAGGACUUCAUUGAAAUCUCGGACAUACUAUCACUGAGCUACAAUGAUUUGCCAACUGUGCUCAAACACUGUUUUCUUUACUUGGGUAUUUUUCCUGAAGAUCGUCAGAUUAAUGCUGAAAACCUAAUGUGGUUGUGGAUGGCCGAUGGAUUGAUACCAAGAGGAGAAGAAAGAAUGGAGGAUGUAGCUCAAGACUUCCUUAAUGAGCUGAUACGGCGAAGCUUGGUUCAAGUAGUAGACACGGUUUGGGAAGAAGUUAUUGAAUGUAGGAUUCAUGAUCUACUUCGAGAUCUUGCCGUACAAAAGGCAUUGGAGGUAAACUUCUUUGACACUUUUGGUCCGAGAAAGCAGUCCAUAUCGUCCUCAUGUCGCAGACAUACCAUCCAUGGUCAAGGAGAAAGGUACCUCACUCUUGAUUUUUCCAAAUUGAAGUUAAGGUCAGUUACAUUCUUUGAUCAAGAAGGUCUUAAGCUGGAUAGGAUAAAGUUCCACAAUAUGUUCCAACAUUUAUAUGUGCUAUACUUGGAGAAUGGUUAUGACAGAUUUACACUACCAGAUGCCAUAGGAAGUUUGUACAGCCUCAGAUACUUAGGCUUUACAGGUAGUUGUGAUAUCCCCUCCUCCAUAGGCAACCUCAAGAAUUUACUGACACUCCGGGGAGACUCUGUUCGUGGUAGAGGCUUCUGCCGACUACCUCCUGAGACAGCUAACCUAGUAAAUCUAAGACAUUUAGACGUUCGAUAUUCAGAACCUCUGCAACAUAUAAAUAAACUCACAAGUCUUCAAGUUCUUAGAGGCAUUUGGUGUGAUCAGUGGCGAGAUGUUAACCCUGUUGAUUUAGUCAAUCUUUGAGAAUUAAGAAUGGAUGAAAUUAUGGAAUCUUACUCCCUAAACAACAUUAGCAGCUUGAAAAACCUUAGCACUCUCCAAUUGUGGUGUGCUGAAUCAUUCCCAGCCCUAGAAUUUCUUAGUUCUUGUCAAAAGCUCCAGAAAUUGUGGUUAUAUGGGAGAAUAGAAAAAUUGCCCCCGUCAAACCCAUUUCCAAAUUCAAUCACAAUGAUGAUCCUUGAUAGGUCAUUCCUCAAGGAAGAUCCGAUGCCUAUUCUAGGAAUGUUGCCAAACCUAAGGGAUCUCCAAUUAAUAUACGGAGCUUAUUCAGGAAAAGAAAUUACCUGCAGUGAUAACAGCUUCAGUCAACUGGAGUUCCUUCAUCUUGUUGGUCUUCUCCACCUAGAAAGAUGGGAUUUAGCCACAAGUGCAAUGCCUUUGAUUAAAGGUCUUGGUAUCUUUGAAUGUCCAAAUCUAGAGAUUCCAGAGAGAAUGAAACACGUGGAGAAGUUGGAGAGAUUUUGAUGAAGCUUUUCAAGCAUAAUAUGAUAUCCUCUUUCAUAAUAGCAGAGGAGAAGCAACUAGCUGUUAGUGGAAAAUAAAAUGGCAGAUGCGAGUAUUGUUGUGAACCACUUGAAGACAUUUCACAUUGUAGAAGCAUUAAUCAGAUUUCAGGAUUAUCAAUGAGAGCUUAUCUCAAACUUGAAUAUUUUGCUUUGGUUUUUGAGUGUUUAAUUUCCUUUUAUUUUUGGUUUUAUUGAGUGUGUGGAAUUGGUUUGAAUAGAAUUGUUUCUGGGAUUCUAUGCAAGAAUGAUUUUAUGAUGUUUUAA